AUGACGAACAGCGUCGGAAGAGCACUCAGUUCGUUCAAAACCGGAGCCAUCACCACUCAAUUUCUGAGCAAAUCGAAACCUUUCCACUCCCCAAGUCGCAAUUACACAAAAGUCGCGACUCGGCCUAUUCGCAGCACCCAAGCUCCGCGCGCGUUCAAGAGCCCGCGAUUCUCCUCUCAACUACGGUGCUACCACUCGCGAUUCCAUGCCCCUCUUCCAACACACGAGUACACAAACUCUCAAACCGCCAUACUGUCUGCUGCGCUCAAGCAUGUUCCUGACCAUGGCUUUACAAAGCAAGCGCUGAUGCUGGGUGCGCGUGACAUGGGCUUCUUAGAUGUUUCGAUACAGCUAUUUUCGCGGCAAGAGAUGGACCUCAUUCUGUUCUGGCUUGCAAGUCGACGCGGGCUUUUACGGUCAAAGGUAGAGAAUGGUUUAUUCGAGGGGAAAGAGUUGGCUGUGGAAGAAAAAAUUAAGAGUCUGGUUUUGGAGCGACUGCGGAUGAACAACGAGAUAAUCCACCGCUGGCAGGAUGCUCUUGCACGCAUGUCGUUACCGUCGAAUAUCCCUCUUUCCAUUUCCGAAUUGCACUCGCUCUCUUCCGAUAUUCUGCACUUGGCCGGGGAUGCCUCUAUCGACGCCUCAUGGUACACCAAACGUCUAUCGCUGUCGACCGUUUAUGCAAGCUCCGAGGUGGUCAUGACCCAGGACUCUUCGUCAGGCUUUAAAUACACCGAAGAGUUUGUUGAGCGCCGGUUCCAGGAUAACAGUACAAUUGGGAGCAAAAUCGGUGGCGUGAAAUCAUACCUGGGCUUCAUGGCUGGAACAGCUGUAGGUCUGGGACGAAGCUGGGGAUUGAAGAUUUAG